CACCUGACCUAUGAAAACGUGGCGCGUUGGCUGAAGGAGCUGAGAGACCAUGCAGACAGCAACAUCGUCAUCAUGCUGGUCGGCAACAAGAGUGACCUGCGCCACCUCAGGGCUGUGCCCACCGACGGGGCGCGGGCAUUCGCAGGUCAGUACAGAACCAACCUGGUCUGGUUUCAGAUGUAUUUGCGCAGGUCUGGCAUCAGGCUAGUACCAACCGUGCCUCCGAACUCCCACAGAAAGAGGUCUAGGAGUAGUGGUGUUAACCUUUUCCUUACCCAUGAGUGGCUGUUAGUGAUCAUGGUUUGCUUAUCCACUUACUGUAGUGUAAUAGGAAGACGUCUCUGUAAUGUAAUAGGAAGGCGUCUCUGUAAUGUAAUAGGAAGACGUCUCUGUAAUGUAAUAGGAAGGCGUCUCUGUAAUGUAAUAGGAAGACGUCUCUGUAAUGUAAUAGGAAAGGGGGGGGACGUCUCUGUAGUGUAAUAGGAAGACGUCUCUGUAAUGUAAUAGGAAGACGUCUCUGUAUGUAAUAGGAAGACGUCUCUGUAAUGUAAUAUGGACGACGUUCUCUGUAAUGUAAUAGGAAGACGUCUCUGUAAUGUAAUAGGAAGACGUCUCUGUAAUGUAAUAGGAAGACGUCUCUGUAUGUAAUAGGAAGACGUUCUCUGUAAGUUGUAAUAGGCAAGACGUCUCUGUAGUGUAAUAGGAAGACGUCUCUGUAGUGUAAUCGGAAGACUUCUCUGUAGUGUAAUAGGAAGACGUCUCUGUAAUGUAAUAGGAAGACGUCUCUUAAUGUAAUAGGAAGACGUCUCUGUAAUGUAAUAGGAAGACGUCUCUGUAAUGUAAUAGGAAGACGUCUCAAUGUAAUAGGAAGACGUCUCUGUAAUGUAAUAGGAGACGUCUUCUUAAUGUAAUAGGAAGACGUCUCUGUAAUGUAAUAGGAAGACGUCUCUGUAUGUAAUAGGAAGAACGUUCUCUGUAUUGUAUAGGAGAGUCUCUGUAAUGAUAGGAAGACGUCUCUGUAAUGUAAUAGGAAGACGUUCUACUGUAAUGUAAUAGGAAGACGUCUCUGUAAUGUAAUAGGAACACGUCUCCUGUAAUGUAUAGGAACACGUCUCUGUAAUGUAAUAGGAAGACGUCUCUGUAGUGUAAUAGGAAGACGUCUCUGUAGUGUAAUAGGAAGACGUCUCUGUAGUGUAAUAGGAAGACGUCUCUGUAAUGUAAUUGAAGACGUCUCUAAUGUAAUAGGAAGACGUCUCUGUAAUGUAAUAGGAAGACGUCUCUGUAAUGUAAUAGGAAGACGUCUCUGUAAUGUAAUAGGAAGAACGUCUCUGUAAUGUAAUAGGAAGACUUCUCUGUAAUGUAAUAGGAAGACGUCUCUGUAAUGUAAUAGGAGACGUCUUCUGUAAUGUAAUAGGAAAGACGUCUCUGUAAUGUAAUAGGAAGACGUCUCUGUAAUGUAAUAGGAAGACGUCUCUGUAAUGUAAUAGGAAGACGUCUCUGUAAUGUAAUAGGAAGACGUCUCUGUAAUGUAAUAGGAAUACGUCUCUGUAAUGUAUAGGAAGACGUCUCUGUAAUUUAAUAGGAAGACGUCUCUGUAGUGUAAUAGAAGACGUCUCGUAGUGUAAAUAGGAAGACGUCUCUGUAGUGUAAUAGGAAACGUCUCUGUAGUGUAAUAGGAAGACGUCUCUGUAAGGUUAAUAGGAAGACGUCUCUGUAAUGUAAUAGGAAGACGUCUCUGUAAUGUAAUAGGAAGACGUCUCUGUAAUGUAAUAGGAAGACGUCUCUGUAAUGUAAUAGGAAGACGUCUCUGUAAUGUAAUAGGAAGACGUCUCUGUAAUGUAAUAGGAAGACGUCUCUGUAAUGUAAUAGGAAGACGUCUCUGUAAUGUAAUAGGAAGACGUCUCUGUAAUGUAAUAGGAAGACGUCUCUGUAAUGUAAUAGGAAGACGUCUCUGUAAUGUAAUAGGAAGACGUCUCUGUAAUGUAAUAGGAAGACGUCUCUGUAAUGUAAUAGGAAGACGUCUCUGUAAUGUAAUAGGAAGACGUCUCUGUAAUGUAAUAGGAAGACGUCUCUGUAAUGUAAUAGGAAGACGUCUCUGUAAUGGAAGAGGAAGACGUCUCUGUAAUGGAAGAGGACGAUGUCUUAAAGAUUUGCAUAAUGGUAGAGACCUCAACGCAGUAGUGAUUGACAUGGUUUACUGUUUCCCUCUGUCCCUCAGAGAAGAACGGUUUGUCUUUCCUGGAGACUUCAGCCCUGGACUCUACUAACGUGGAGACAUCCUUCCAGACCAUUCUGACUGGUGAGUGGUCCUCUCUUGCUCUGUCUGUGUGUGCAUUGAUUGAUUCUGUGAUAUAAGGUUGAAUAAAGUCAUUAUAUUUGAAAUGGGCUGUAUUGUUUUAUGGCACAGGGUUUAGGGGGGCCAGAGAAAGAGAGACCAGACCAGUGGUUGUGUGUUAGGGUGAUUAUCUCCACUGGGCCAGGGGCCAAUGGUCUUCCAGAAUACCUAAUCACAGCUGAGAGACAGGGGCCAAUGGUCUUCCAGAAUACCUAAUCACAGCUGAGAGACAGGGGCCAAUGGUCUUCCAGAAUACCUAAUCACAGCUGAGAGACAGGGGCCAAUGGUCUUCCAGAAUACCUAAUCACAGCUGAGAGACAGGGGCCAAUGGUCUUCCAGAAUACCUAAUCACAGCUGAGAGACAGGGGCCAAUGGUCUUCCAGAAUACCUAAUCACAGCUGAGAGACAGGGGCCAAUGGUCUUCCAGAAUGCCUAAUCACAGCUGAGGGCCAGAUGGUCUUCCUGAAUACCUAAUCACAGCUGAGGGCCAGAUGGUCUUCCUGAAUACCUAGUCACAGCUGAGGGCCGGGGGCCAGAUUGUCUUCCUGAAUACCUAAUCACAGCUGAGGGCCAGAUGGACUUCCUGAAUACCUAGUCACAGCUGAGGGCCAGAUGGUUUUCCUGAAUACCUAGUCACAGCUGAGGGCCAGAUGGUUUUCCUGAAUACCUAAUCACAGCUGAGGGCCAGAUGGUCUUCCUGAAUACCUAAUCACAGCUGAGAGACAGGGGCCAGAUGGUCUUCCUGAAUACCUAAUCACAGCUGAGAGACAGGGGCCAGAUGGUCUUCCUGAAUACCUAAUCACAGCUGAGAGACAGGGGCCAGAUGGUCUUCCUGAAUACCUAAUCACAGCUGAGGGCCGGGGGCCAGAUGGUCUUCCUGAAUACCUAGUCACAGCUGAGAGACAGGGGCCAGAUGGUCUUCCUGAAUACCUAGUCACAGCUGAGAGACAGGGGCCAGAUGGUCUUCCUGAAUACCUAAUCACAGCUGAGAGACAGGGGCCAGAUGGUCUUCCUGAAUACCUAGUCACAGCUGAGAGACAGGGGCCAGAUGGUUCCUUCCUGAAUACCUAGUCACAGCUGAGAGAUAGGGGCCAGAUGGUCUUCCUGAAUACCUAGUCACAGCUGAGAGACAGGGGCCAGAUGGUCUUCCUGAAUACCUAGUCACAGCUGAGAGACAGGGGCCAGAUGGUCUUCCUGAAUACCUAGUCACAGCUGAGAGACAGGGGCCAGAUGGUCUUCCUGAAUACCUAAUCACAGCUGAGAGACAGGGGCCAGAUGGUCUUCCUGAAUACCUAGUCACAGCUGAGAGACAGGGGCCAGAUGGUCUUCCUGAAUACCUAGUCACAGCUGAGAGACAGGGGCCAGAUGGUCUUCCUGAAUACCUAGUCACAGCUGAGAGACAGGGGCCCAGAUGGUCUUUCCUGAAUACCUAGUCACAGCUGAGAGACAGGGGCCAGAUGGUCUUCCUGAAUACCUAGUCACAGCUGAGAGACAGGGGCCAGAUGGUCUUGAUGAGGUCUGAUGUGAGGCUCCUCCAGAAGUCCACUUCCUCUAACUAACAAGACGUGACUAUAAUACAGAACCAGCCCAGAGUUCUUUCCUUAAUCAUCAUCUUAGCGUGAUUCCUUCCAUCCGAUCUCCUCGCCUCCUUCUCAAAACCCAUUGGAGUAGAUCGUCAGAAGGGAGGGUCCUUGGAUCUUCUCCUCCAAUACGAUUGCGAAGGAGGCAAGUAAUGAGGAAUCAAGAAAAGACAAUAGAGAAGGAGCCUUGGUCCACUGCUCUGCUCUGCUGUGGACCAACUCCCUUCCUCUGGUCCCUGCCCUGCCUGCACUAAGACUCACAGUGUAGUCAAACAAUAAAUGUUUCAAAGGGAAAGCUAUCCGAUUCUAUCUAGUGAUUGUGUUAGAUAAGCUUCCUGUUUAAACUGUGAGUAAAGUACUGCAGCAACAUGGUAAUCUCCCCCCUGUCUGUCUCCCUCUCUCCCACCUGUCUCUCUCCCUCUCCCCCCUGUCUGUCUCCCUCUCCCCCCUGUCUGUCUCCCUCUCUCUCUCCCCUGUCUGUCUCCCUAUCUCUCCUGUCUGUCUCCCUAUCUCUCCUGUCUGUCUCCCUAUCUCUCUCCCCUGUCUGUCCUCCCUCUCUCUCUCUCUCUCUCCCCUGUCUGUCUCCCUCUCUCUCUCUCUCUCUCCCCUGUCUGUCUCUCUCUCUCUCUCUCCCCUGUCUGUCUCCCUCUCUCCCACCUGUCUGUCUCCCUCUCUCUCUCCCCUGUCUGUCUCCCUCUCUCUCUCCCCUGUCUUUCUCCCUCUCUCCUCCUGUCUGUCUCCCUCUCUCCCCUGUCUGUCUCCCUCUCUCCUCCUGUCUGUCUCCCUCUUUCCUCCUGUCUGUCUCCCUCUCUCCCCUGUCGGUCUCCCUCUCUCCUCCUGUCGGUCUCCCUCUCUCCUCCUGUCGGUCUCCCUCUCUCCUCCUGUCUGUCUCCCUCUCUCCCCUGUCGGUCUCCCCUCUCUCCUCCUGUCUGUCUUCCCUCUUCCCUACUGUCGGUCUCCCUCUCUCUCCUCCUGUCUGUCUCCCUCUCUCCCCCUUGUCUGUCUCCCUCUCUCCUCCUGUCUUCCACAUCCCCCUCUCUCCUCCUGUCUUGCUCCCUCUCCCCCCUGUCUGUCUCCCUCUUCCUCCUGGUCUGUCUCCCUCUCUCCUCCUGUCUUCCACAUCCCCCUCUCUCCUCCUGUCUGUCUCCCUCUCCCUCCUGUCUGUCUCCCUCUCUCCUCCUGUCUGUCUCCCUCUCUCCUCCUGUCUUCCACAUCCCCUUCUCUCCUCCUGUCUGUCUCCCUCUCCCCCCUGUCUGUCUCCCUCUCUCCUCCUGUCUGUCUCCUCUCUCCCUCCUGUCUCUCUCCUUCUUCUCUCCUGUCUGUCUCCCUCUCCUCCUGUCUUCCACAUCCCCCUCUCUCCUCCUGUCUGUCUCCCUCUCCCCCUGUCUGUCUCCCUCUCUCCUCCUGUCUGUCUCCCUCUCUCCCUCCUGUCUCUCUCCUUCUCUCCUCCUGUCUGUCUCCCUCUCCCCCCUGUCUGUCUCCCUCUCUCCUCCUGUCUGUCUCCCUCUCUCCCUCCUGUCUGUCUCCUUCUCUCCUCCUGUCUGUCUCCCUCUCCCCCCUGUCUGUCUCCCUCUCUCCUCCUUGUCUGUCUCCCUCUCUCCUCCUGUCUUCCACAUCCCCCUCCCUCCCUGCAGAAAUCUAUCGCAUCGUGUCUCAGAAACAGAUGUCGGACCGGCAAGACAACAACAUGUCGCCUAGCAACAACGUGGUCAACAUCCAGGUGCAGCCGACGGAGAAUAAACCAAAGAUGCAGUGU